AUGAGCACCGCUAUGACAUCUAACAACCCAGUCGCGCCCCCUCACGAAGUAAUAGUUGCGUCAGACUAUCCGGAUCAGGAGGCACGGCUUCGUCAGCAGUGCUACGAUGUCCGAGCGGAAGUCUUUUGCACUGAGCAAGGCUUUUCCCUUGAACUCGAAAUUGACGAAAAUGACGCUACGGCGACACAUCUCCUUCUGCGGCUCACGCCCUCGCUCAGUCCGAUCGGUACACUUCGGCUGUAUCCUGCGCCCGACGGUUCGCAUCUCAUCCUUGGACGAGUCGCGAUCCUCGCUGCGUACCGCAAAUACGGCCUCGGUAAAGUUCUCAUGCUUGCCGGGCAUGAACGGGCCGUGCGCCAGCCGUAUCUUAUCCAGCCAUCUCUCGCCAACCCGCCGGUAGACUCAGGCGCAUCGGAAGGUUCUAUCCCUGCGACAAAUACCUUGGACUCAAGCCCGUCGCCAAACGGAGAAGCUGCGGACCGGUCCACGAUAACGGUCAAGCUCGGUGCUCAGAUCUACGCGAUACCUUUUUAUGCACGAUACGGUUACGUCGCCGAGGGAGACACCUAUCUCGACGAGGGCGCGCCGCACCAACAUAUGACUGUCACACUACCCAUUCCACCCACGUAG